GUUGCAAGCCGGGCGGGCGGUCAGGUCGCGCUGGAGACUUCGCAGGAAGCGGGGAGGCGUCCGCGCCUCCCUCGAAGGCAGCCCGGGGCGCGCCGGCGUCGCUGAUGGAUCGCCGGGACUCUCCUGUCUGCUGCACGGGCUAAGGCGGGAAUUCCCUGCAGCAGCCCGGACGGGCGGGCGGGCGGAGUGUGCAAGGCAUGCCCGCCUUGAAGCGCCUGCUGAGAGCCAGGCUGGCCAGGCGCUGCUCCGCCGCCUUCUGCCUCUUCUGGGCGGCGUGCGGGGCGGCAGGGGGCGUCUUCUUCUUCUUAGCGCACGGCGGCGUCCUCCUCUCCGGGCGCUGCACCGACGAGCAGAGCCACAGGAUCCUGGCCAGGCUGGUAGGUGGCCGCGGGCGGCUGCGGAGGGGAGAAGGGAAGGGCGGCCCGAGGGCGAAGUCCAGGGGAGCCCCCUUCAGACCGAGCAGGAGAGACCCGUAGUCGGGGCCAGGCUGUUUUGCGCCCUAGGCGAGUCCAACUACUUGCACAGAUAAAGCACACCCGCGCGGGGGGGUGGGGGAGCUAACUACAAUUGCCCAAUUGUGCAGGACUUACCUGCUCCCCUCCCCAACAUUUUAUUCAAGUUGGCACCCUUGGAUAGAACAGAAACCAAACUGUAUAAAACUGUGCCCUGGGCGCUGCCUCGUUGGCCUCAUGACAGCACCCGCCCUACCGGCAGUAAUGCCUUACUAUCUGAUCCGAGGCCGGGAAGCCGGCAGACUGGAAGGCAAGGAAUCCCACCAUAGGCACAGUGCCAGAGGCAGUUCUCCGUUUGCCCCAUCCUUCUCCCUGCUGAAUUCUACUGGGACUCAGGAGGGAGAGGAAACUGACAGGCAGGACCACUCCCUGGACUGGUUGCUAACUAAGAAGGCAGGCAGGUGAGGGCAGACCUGGGUGGCAGGGGCAGGGCCUCCUUGGCCCAAAUUGACCAAUCUACAUUGACUCCACUGCCAAAAACGACAUAAGGCUCAGCCACACUUCUUUUUUGUUCUGAGAUUUGGAACAAACGUCAACCAGCACAGAACCAGUUUGUUCCAAUUCAACGCUGAAUGGCAGGUUUUCCGAGAGAAAGCGGCAGGACGUGAAAUGGCCCUCUCGGACCUGUGCCUCAAAGUCAUGGGGCAAGCAGAGGAAAUCUCAGACAAAAUAGGGGUGGCUGAGCCUGUAGAUGCACCAGUGUGAACAGAUCCCACCUCUGGGUGAAUCCUAUUUCAGAGCCAGGCGAGUAGUAGACAUCAUGGGAAGGAGGUUGAGUCCUGGUGGGCAGCAGCAGCAAAAGGCCAGGUUGGAUCAAAGAUGUCAGAAUUAAACAUUCCCCCAUGACAUUUUCUGGACGUCUUGACUCAUGUGCCUUAUAGAUUGCUCUGCGGCAUUUAUUUCCUGUCUUCCAAGGUGGCUUGUGUGGUUCUCUGCUCUCUUUUUUAUCUUUGCAUUAACCCAGCAAGGCAGAUUAGACAUUCUCAUGCUUAAACAUCCUAGUUUAAUAGAAAUAUGAACCUGCCUGCCUCUCAGGGAAGGGGUGAAGCUCAGUGGCAGAGCAACUGCUUUGUAUCCAGAAGGUCCAAGGUUCAGUCUCCAGGUGAGACUAAGAAUGAACCCUGAAACCAUAGAGAGCAGUUCCAAGUAGACAAUACGGAACUAAGUGGAGCAAUGAUUCAAUCUGGUAUAAGGCAGCUUCAUAUGUUUAUAGUCCAACAUUCUAUCCACUACAUCAUGCCACUUCUCUAUUGCUCAGGGAAAAGAUGGAGCUCAAGGCCAAUUGAACUUAGUAGGACUUCACUUCUGAAUAAGUGACCAUGGGAUAAGCUGUAGGCAUUGAUUUAACAGAAGAGUAAGAGUGAAACAGGAAUGUGGAUGGAUAAAAGACCUUGAGGGGGAUUAAUAACUUUAAAAAAAAAAGUGGGUGGAAAGCUUAGUAUUUUUGCAAGAAUUUUGAGCACUGUGGAUACUUACUGUGGAUACAAGUGCUUAAUUUGUAAAAUGAGAGGUGCCUGGAGUUUUUCAUGAUUUUUGCUUGAGAAUACCUUGGUUCCAGAUGUUAGGAGCUGAUUGUUACAACUCAGUGGUGGGGAAGGAGGACAUCUCCACACGCUGUCAGAAAAACAGAACUCCUGGAUUAUAUGCAAUUGGCAGGCAUGACAUGAAUGUGAAACAAAAACAAAAAUCCUAUAAACACACCUAUACAUCUAAAUAAACUUUAUUUAUUUUGUUAAAUGUUGUAAUGCUAACAGUGCAAUCCCAUACAUUUCUACUAAGAAGUAAGCCAAACUUAGUUCAAUGUGACUUUCUCUGAAGUAGGUGUGCUUCAAACUGCAAAUUGAUAUUCAGAAGUGCUUUUUAUAAACCUAUCCAUUGUGUGUCAAGUACCAAGAAUUGAACGUACUGUAUAAAUGCAAUCCGGAAGUGGUGAGACACGAAAUGAUACAAGGGCAAACAUUACUAGAGCGUUAUCUAAAAUCUGUUCCUUUAUCAAGGUGGUCUGCAUUAAAGGUGUCUCUCACGAUUAAAAUGGCACACUCAGUUUUCAAAGGAGCUAUGAAUUUUGGUAGAGACUGAGACACAUGAACUUUCUGUGCAGCCAACCAUUUGGUACAUCAACUAUGUACCAAAUGUUGGAGAAAAGGGGGGGGUAAUCCCCACCUUUCCAAUAAAGCUAAUGCAACAAAAUCCUUGCUUAUGGAUGUGCAUGAGACAGCCGAGUUCAGGAGUGCUUUCUGCCAAUGGUAUCUGAGCCUCCAAUUGUACUUGUUCUUGGAAAAAUCAGACCUAACCUCAGACAUUCAUACCUUACAGUUCAGUUGCAUUAUUCCAUUUGUAGUAAGUCCAGUUGCACUCAAGAGGACUUGCUUCUAGAUAUGUAUAGGAUUGCUUUGUUAGUCAUCCCCCCCCCUUCAGAUAGAUUGCUGCAAUUCACUCUACAUGGGGCUGCCCUUGAAGGAAGCCUGGAAUUUGGUUCUGGAUGCUGCAAACUGUCUGAGGAUGGCAAGAUGGGUUGUGUUAGGCCAUGUUAGGCAAGAGGAACUAUAAUGAAGCGAUUAAUAGGAUGGUGUUAAUUGCAUCGACACAAUCAACAUAAUGUGUAGCUUGGCCCAGAGUUAAGCACUUAUAAAUCCCAUUCAAAUAAAUGGGAUAUAAAAAUACUUUGGGUUAUAUCCAGUGUUAGCCCUGUUUAGAUCAGACCCCUUGAGAUUAAUGGACACGAGUAACUUAAGUUCAUUAAUUUUAGUGAGCUGCAUUCAAUUGAAGUUUUGUGCUCCCAUAAGCCAGCACAAGUCCCACUAGGGCAGCAGGACUCCUCCUUCCCUAUGCAGCCUUUACCCAUGUUACCCUCCCCAAAAUCUCUUUGGGAGAGUCGGGACAACCUCCAGAACAGGACACAGAGCAGGAAAGGGAGAUUGCUCCAUCUGGCAUACAGAAAUGCAUGUGCCAAUGAAACAGUUGCCUUAGUUUCCCAAACUUGAUUCUCCAGCUUUUUUUGGACUACAACUCCCAUCAUCCUUAGCUAGCAGGACCAGUGGGUUUUUUUUGGAAUUGUAGACCAAAAACAGCUGGAGACCCAAGUUUGGGAAACCCUCCCAUAGUGUGAUGUUUAAUUCCACCCAGUGGGUCUGCUUAGUUGGAUACAAUCCUUUGGUUUGGCUGUGUUACGUUUUCAUAAUUUUGUAGUGUCAGUAGCAUAGUAUUCUUGGCGGCAAUUGUUCCACAUUCACUGCUUAAUUUUAAAAAAUCGGGGAAAACAUGUACGUCAGUAAGAUGCUGUCACCAUGUUAUGCCACAAGGUGCCAUGCCAUUCCCCUACCUCCACUGUGCCAUACCAUAGUUAAUAGAUUAUAUAGCCAGUUCUAGCUUGGUGGUCUGUAGAUGAUAAAGGAUCAUGCUUUUGAGUAAAGACUAAUGGGAGCCAAUGAAUCCUUGAUGUCAUGAAUUGGAGAUUUGUGAAAGUAUUGGCAUGAAAAGCACUAGGAGACAAGCAGCCCAUGCUGAUGGAGUUUUGCCUGUGCUUUGGGGGGGGGGGGCGUGAGGGAAACAAGCCAGGCUGCUGAUUAAGGGAAUCGUCUGCUGCUUGCAAAGCAUUUGCCACUGUGACUGCAUCUUACACCUUUGAGGCAGCAGUUACUGUCAAUUAAAGAAGACAGAGCAUUCAGCUGCCAGGUCUAGCUGAUAAAACGCAGUAAAAGCAGACGGGGGGAAAAGGCAAUUUGUAUUUUCUAGUGAGUUUUCAAGGCAACUGUGUAGGUGGGCGUGAGGCUGCUCAGCUCAAACAUCUGCAGUCCAUAUCCAUUAACUUCCCCUGAUAAAAUAAGAGGAUUUAUUAUUUUAAGAUAGCUGGAGGAAGGUUUGCUCUGUUUUGUCUGUGCGACAACACAUAUCUAGAAAGUAGGAAAGUUACUCCAACGUUUUCCUUGCUUUCAGCUGCAUAGUGCAUUCUUCCUAAUCAUAUAAUAUAAUAAACAGCACAAGGGGCAAAAUAAUUUCUUGCUGGAAAUCUGCUGCAGCCUUUAAAAUGCCCUCUCUGCCCAGUCUACACCCAGAUUAAACCAGAGCACCUGUGUGUCGAGGUGAAAUGUUGUGUUUGAGCUGUGACUUACAAACAUUUUCGGACCAUAAUAUUGUGUAAGGGAUUGUCUCUCAGCUUUACAAGAUGAGCAUAGAGGGUUAAAUAACAGGCCAAAUUCCUUUAUUUGCAAAGGGCUUUUGUCAAAUGGGAAAGGAAGCCUAAUGGAAAUUAAAUAAUCUAUUACGGUAGCAAGCUAUUGAUGACUAUAAAUUUUCCUGUGUUGUGUAUAAUAAACGAAGACAAAUUAUGUGCUUCUGCAGCCUUGCCAACUUCUUGGAAAGAGCAAGAGGAUAAAUUCUUUCUAUCCCUUCUCCGUGGCAGGCAGCUGCAGUGCUGGAUACCUCUGAGAUACAGAAUAUUUUCCAUUUCCUCCGGAGCUCUGCUAGAGCUCCAAAACAAUUUGGAGGUAUCUGACAUAGCUUUGGGAAUCACAUCUGCAUUAUUCCCUUUGGCCUGUGUCCUAACCUGGAUUCCAGAAGCAGAAAAGUUAUUUGUAGCCUCAUCCACAAACCAGAUAAGCCAGAGUGCUGCACUAGGAUUUAAGCUAGUUCAGUUCUAUUAACUCCAAAUAAACUAAUUUGGUGGGGUUGGGGGGUGCCUGUAGCACUCUAGUUGUCGUUGGAGUAAAUUCCCUCUAAUCCCUGAUCAUUUGCUGUGCUGGCUGGAGCUGAUGGAGUCCAACCACAUCUGAAAGGCCACAGCGUCCCUAUCCCUGAACUAAUUUGUCUUACAUUCUAACAGACCAGUUUAACUGGUUCCCAAUUAAUCCACAGGAAACUAACCUUGUGUGUUUACAGUCUAGUCCUCAGAGUGGUUGCAUGAUUUCUUUAAGAGAGCUUUGUUGUUUACUCCUGACUCUUUGCGAUCGCUGGGAAGCUUUUGGAUCGGUUGUUUAUUGAGCAUUUAUGCUGAUAUGUCCACAUUAAACUUAUGUGGCGGUUAUAUGACUGACACUAGAUGUUUACUGAGAUUCAUCCUGAUAUGUUUGCACGGAGGCCACACAGCUAGUGAGAGUUAUCCCACCCUUUGCAGUGCAGUUUCCCAUCACUUUUAUUAUAGGUUUUGCAGUUAGAAAAGUGACUAGAUGAUUACACUAGAAAGGGAGAGAAAAUUUGUGCGAAUAAGCAAGCUCCCUGGAAGCUCCCUCUUUCACAAGUAGGGGUGGGGAACCUGUGGCCCUCCAGAUGUUGGACUCUAACUCCCAUCAGCCGCAGCCAGCAUGGCCAAUGGUUAGGGAUGAUGGGAGUUGUAGUCCAGCAACACCACAGGGGGAGAUGCCAAGGGAGCACCAGCUCUUACAAAUAUAUAAAAGGGAAAUGGAUUGCUUUAGCGAUUGGCUAUAAAACGGAUAUUCUCGAAUUUACUUCCAUCUGUCAUGUCGUACUGCUUGCAUUAGUGAAUGGCUUCAGGCAAAAUCAGUGCUACUAUUUAAAUGCAGUUUUUUGAGUCUCUGCACACAGAAGUCUUUGCAGGCAUAAGUAACGUAGCUUUUACAAUGGUGUGUGCUGCGGUACUCACAUCCAUUUAGUUGAGCUACAGGCUUUCAUGACCUUAGGAGAACUUGGCUCUGGAGAUGAGCAAAGUAUGCAAAUUUCUCUCUCAAAAAGGCUGGGAAGCAUAGUGAUUUGAUAUGGCCUAGCUAUGAUGGAUGGAUAUAACAUUUCAAAUGAUUGUUGGUGGUGGGGAUGGGGGAGAGGUGGAGAUGAAGAAUGAAAAUAAUACCUGAGCUCACAGGUGUUUGAUAAAACCAGCAUGCCAGGCAUUCAAGACAAGCUGCUUUGGGUUGUAUCCCAUGAGGACUUUGUGCUGUUUGAAUGCACUUCCAAAGUUGGACACUCAUUUUGUUGCCAAUUCAGCCCUGAUAGCUGAAGAACCCUCCACAAAACAGCAUGGGAUGCAGGGCUACAGUGGGAGGUGUGGUGGAAUUGGUGGACAUCAGGGCUUUGUGGAAGUGCUUUGUAUUAGUGCAAAGCGACAUUGUGUUCAGCCUUCCUCCCCCUUUUAGAAUUGUAGGAAGGGACCCCACGGGUCAUCUAAUCCACAUUCUUGCUCUUUGGAACUUGCUAUGAUGGUGGUUUUAUUGCCCACCCUUCAGCCUAAUGCCCAAGGUGGGUUACAAUGAUUUAAAACUCAGUUUCAAAACACAAUUAAAACACACACAUACGCAAUCUCAAAAAAAGAAAAAAAAGAAAAAAGGCUGGGUCCUGAAAGUAUGCAUAUCACAGGUAUUGAAGGUCAGGAUUAAGAGGUGCUACAAACCGACUACAGAGCAUUAUGAUCGCCAAUUAAAAGUAUAUUCAGGCAACCCAAGCAAGGAAAAGCAAUAUCAGUUAAUUUACAAAAGUUGGUACUCAAGUAACCAAUCACAUUGUAGCCAUUUACUUGCUAUUUUGCGACGAUGGUAGCAAGGCUGAUCCCAAAUUUAGAAAACUUGGGGCAUUGCCGCCAGUGGUGGUGGUGUUCUCUUCAAGAUAUAGCUGACUGAUCUGGUUAUCAGGAAGAAUAUUUCACCCAGGGGAGAAACUUGGCAGAGCAUGUGACAAGUUCUACUCUACUAUUUGUGGCUCCCAGAAGGACUCAGGAAAUGGUAUAAAGCAGUGUUUCUCACUGUAGCUCCCUUCCGACUUCAUUUCCUUCCUGUGGCCCACCCCUUGCCCUACUGGUAGAAAGGUAGCUACUUAAAUAUUUUGUUUGUAAAUAGAACAUUUUCUUUAUAUUUUUUAUAAUUUAUACAAAAUACAAUUACAUUUUAAAAAUAUACUUUUAAGUAUUUCUUGACCAAUGGGACCCUUGUGCUUGUUGACCAGAAACAAGCUUUUUUAUAUCCGGUUCUAUUGUGUGAGGGAUAACUGAAGAUCACCUCUGUCCAUUUUGUUAAGGCGGUUCCGCAUGAGGCUUAGUAACUCUUGCAUGCAGCUAUGUACCUCCUUUCGCAGUAGUGCUUGCAUGAAGAAACAGCACACCCUCAUAACUAACACUGUUGCAGUCACACAAGAUGCGGGAAGCUUAGUGUGUGCAAUGGUAGGGUGUGGAAGUGGGAGAGAGAAGGAAGCAGAUGCGACGUUGCCACAGAGGGCGCAUGGCACUGCAGCCACUGAGAAGCAUGUUCGUUGCUCUGUGCACUCUACUUCUCUGUUUUCUUUUCUCAGUCACUUUUCUGUUUUCUUCACUUCUAACUUUCCUCUGUGGCCUCCUAGUCUCAUGCCAUGCCACCCCCCCCCAUUUAUGCGAUUUUCACCUGUGGCUCCCUUGGAAUAUCAGGGGCAGGCGGGCAGGGGACCAUAUGGCCCCCAGUUAGGAAACACCGGUUUAAAGUUAACUGAUAGCAGUUCCUCCAUAGCACUCUUGGAACUAUUUAUUGGCUCUCUCAUAGGAGCAUGCAGGGUUUGCUUCCAAACUUGUAUCUGGGAGGCUUUUGUGUGAAGGUAGCAUUUCUAUGUGCUCUGUGUGGAAGGGGGUGGCGAGGCAUAAAAGCUGGCAGACCAUCACUAUUGUUGGAGAUGAGCCGAGGCAACUUGGCAUCUGAUAAAUAUAAAAACAUGGGGCAGUAUUCAGCUCCUGUAUCCCUUCAGCACAAGGAUUUCCGCUUGCACAAUGGGAUUCCGCCUCCCUUCCCCUGCAAGUACCCUGCACCCUCUGCUCCAGAGCGUUGGGGGAACCCCUAGAAUGGAUUUAGGGGUUGCACGGGAGGAGAGCAUUCCAUUGCACAAGCAGAAAUCCUUGCACCGGCAGAAUGUUUCGUGAACCCUGUGCUGGAUUCUACCUUAUAUUCUGUACGUAAUCUGUGCCAUUUGGAACUGCUCCAGAUUUUGCUCUCUCCAUCCCUCGCAUGCAGAGUCCAUAGCCAAUAGAAUGUAAGCUGGUAGAGACCUGGGAAUGGGAUGAACUGGCUGGAGAAAUAUGAGAGAGCCUCGCGGGGCUUGCAUUUUCUGGGGUCCAACAUUUCUCUCAUGUGAAAAUCUAUUAUGGGAAAUUCCUGGCCUGAAGAAUGGGGUGUGUGGAGGGGAAAUUAACACAGAAGUUGGUAUCAAGCCACUAACUGGCUGUCUGAUUUUCUUCAUCUUCCACCCUAGCCCACGUCGGUCAUCUUGUCCUCCAGAGAGUUGCCUGGAAUAGACUUUGCAGCUGCACUUCUGGAAGGUCUGAAUGGACACAGUUAUGCAGAUUGCUUACACUCCUAGAAACAGAGGGAUGGAAACAAUUAUGGCUGGAGGAAGGGACUGGCAGGGGAAAUCCUGUUUAUUUAUUUAUUUUGGUGCAUUUGAGAUGACCACAUAACUAUAGUGUCCUGAUUUCUUUUUUGUCUCUUUGGUUAUGAACUGCAGAAUUUGCAAACCACACAAAUAUGUCCCAUCAUACCUUUUGUCAGUGGACACCAAGUGACUUACCAGCAGGUCUUGAUUAAGAGACUGCCCAGCUUUGUUGUACAACAAGCAUGUGGUUUUUGUUUCAUUUUACAAGACCCUGCAUAUUUUCAGCUUGGCAGAUAACAAUUUUAGGAUGAACAGAGGCAGAUUGUAGCCCUGAAUUUUGUGUGGUCACAACUCCCCAUGCAUUUCAGUUGGUCCCACAAAAUGUUUUCAUAGCAAGUUUCUCCACCGCCGUAAGAAAACUCGUAUCAUAAUGCCUUACAGCUGUUUAUCUUUAUCACUGCUUUUAAUCAUUGUGUAAAAUUUUAGGCUUUCCGGCAGCCAGUUUUAUGUGUGGCAAAAAAAAGUGGAUGUGUCUGUGUUUUGAAGCAACAGGCUUCAUAUUGCUCUCUAUGAUUAUCUGAACCCUCAACCACCAUGUGGGUGUACAGCAAAGGCGACAGGCCCAAACCAACGAGGCACAUUUUUAUGUGUCUUUACACAUGUGGCAGAGGGAAGAAAAAAAAUGUUUCCAAAAGUACAGACCAAACUCACCCUUGGCAUAGCAUCCAAAGGAACCUGAACUUAGGGUGUCUCCUGACAGUAUUUUGUGGGAGGGAUUCAAGUGCAUACUAGAACUUUAGAAAUGGACUUUCUGCAUGUAGGAAAGUGACAGGGAAAUGCAUUGGAAAAAAAUGGGUUGAAUGAAUGGCUAAUGGGCAGAUGUCAGCCCAUAGAAUAAUCGGAAUGAAUGCUCAAUGAAAUUUGGAUAUAAAUUAACCAAUACACAGACUUUGUGUAAGCAAAUCGGGAUGAAAGCUCAAUAAAUAGGCCAUCUAGAGGGAACCCUUAGAGCAAAAGUACAGAACUUAAACAACAUGAGAUACAAUUUACUGACCUUUGUGGGCUGUCUGUUUAUGAGCUUGCUACCCUCGAAACAACAGCUAGCAAGAGUUUCCUGGGAGUUUAUGACCUGUCAGGUCUGCAGGAAAGAUGGAACAGCAAAGAUGGGCAAACAUCUCCCUCAAACUUUCCUGACACCUUUGCUGUGUGUUACUUUUGUCUGUGUCAUGGAGAACUUGAGUAUGUAAAGCUCCUGCAGGGAUUUGUCCUCUUCCCCUACUCUUGAUGUGACUGGAAAUGGUGGCUUUCUGCUGUCAAUUGAUUCUUUCUUUCCACAUUUCUCCAGUGCCUUGACUAUAGAAAAGGAGCCUUGACAGGAGACCUUUGCGAAGACUUGUGUGUGGCACAGAAGUUGAUAUACAAGCGCUGCCUUUAUUACGACAGAGGUAAGAAGGUCAUCCAAGCUGACUGGAGAGGUCGCCCAGUGAUCCUGAAAUCCAAAAAUGAAAUCUUCUCUAGCUACCACCACCUUGGCUUUCUGGAGGAAAUGGAACCACAGGGUAUUCCAGAGGCAGAGCUCCUCCUGAUGGUCGCUUUGGAGAUCAAGAAUGUUCUGGGUCUAGAACUUCCUAAUAACACUGUGGUGCCUUUGUGGACGAAGGGGAGGGGCCCACACUGGAAAGCGCAGCUGGCUAGCAUGUGGUCCCUACUCCAACAAGAAGAAUAUAUUUACUUCAGUGUGCUGCAAGACUUCAGUAAACAUGUCCUAAGGGUCAUUGGUUCCUGUGGCCACUUCUAUGCUGUGGAGUACCUGACCGCUGGGCAUACCUGGCAGAAAACUCUCUUUUCUGUGGAAGAUGCGGUUGGCGUUUCCUUUUCUGGAAUUCAAAGCAAGGCUAAGGCCAUCACCGAAAUUGCCAUCAGCUUCCUGGAUAUGGUAAAACAUUUUGACAAUGACUUUUCUCACCGGCUUCAUCUCUGUGACAUCAAGCCGGAAAACUUCGCCAUCCGAAGUGAUCUGACGGUAAGUGAGGACCUCAAUGUCAUAACUGUGGUUUGGGCACAUGUAGCAUGCAACUCAUAACCAAAGGAGGUCUUCUUCUCCAUUGAUAUCCCAUAUGCAUAGCCCUGUGUCGCACAAGUGUUCCCAAAUGUUGACUGGCCUUGGAAAUUUGUCUGCUCGGAAACAUUCAUACCAUUCAUUUAAAGCAUAUGGGUCCCCCCCCCAAAAAAAAAAUUAUAGGAAUUGUAGUUUAAGGGUGCUGGGAAUUGCAGCUCUGGGAGGAAUAAACUACAGUUCCCAGGAUUCUUGAAGGGAAACCAUGUACUUUAAAUGAAUGGUGUGGAUGUGAGCCAAUGACUGACUUGAUGAAUCUAUCACCUAUCUUGUUGUCGGAAAUCACUUGCCUUCUGCAAGUGGGUCCUGCACUUGAAAAACUGCCUCUUUUGCAACAAUAUGUUCUGAACAACACAACAAGAUGUUUUUUGACCAUAUGAGCUAUGUACCAAAAAUCAAAUAACAUAUAGAACAAGUGGGACUUGCAACAAAACGUUGCAGUGUGAAGUACUCCUGUUCUAGCCUUUCUCGGGAUAUUCUCUUCCCCCACUCUAUUUUUCCCAACAGAGACUUAGUGUCCUAUGGUCACUGAGCACACUUGAUUUGUUUCCCUCCCUGUUCUUUAGUGUUUUCCCCCCUGAAGAUUUGUGUGUGUAUGUGUACUUCUGCUAAUUUCCAGGUUCCCAAGCAGAUAUCUCCAUCUAGCUGGUGCUGUUUUAGCUACAAAAUGGCUAGAAUUUCCAUAUCUUGGAGAGUCAAGUACUUGCCUUGAGCAUCUUCUAGAAGUCUGCUGGCUUAUAGAUGACAUACAACAUAGAGGUCGGGGACAGAGGAUGCUUUGAGAAAUUUUGUUAUUGAUUUGAUCCAUUGUGAGCCUUUGGUGAAUAGAAAUCCAAUUCAAUAGUGGGCCUCAGCUGAUAUUUUCUGUGAAGAUGGAGCCUUCUGUAGAAGGCUCUUCAAAUCAUACUCUCAGUUUAACUUGGAGCAAAUUAAUUUCCUCCUGUAGAGUGAAAGUAGAAUAUGUUCAUUAACACAGCUGCCAGCAGAGCCAGUAUUUAUUAAGUAUGCACACAGAACUUUGCACUAGAAUGUGCUGUGCAAAGGUUAAGCGUGUAGUGAUUUAAAGGCAUAGGUAUGUUUUUACUCUCCAAUUUAUUUUUGUGUUUGUUCAGGUGCGUAAUUAGAAGCUAGGGAAUGGGUGGGAAGCAGCAAAAAAGUGUGAAUUAUUAAGUGAAAGAGAUUUUGUUUUUUAAAAAGCUCUGCUUACCAUAUGUUAAAUCAGAUUCAGCACUGUCACUAUAUAGCACCACUUCAUUCGUUUGAGGAUGUCUUCUACUUGAUCAGAUUACAACAGCAUCCUUCACCCAUAGGGAACUGCUAGCUAUUCACCAACGCCAUGCCUACAUGGUGCUGACAGUCCUGCCCCCUGCCUGCCCACCCUGUCAUGUACCUCUUCAAGUCAGAACUGUUAAUUCGCUGGCUGCCAGAUAGUGGUGGUAGCCAAUGACUGCCUCCUGCUCCAUGCUGUGCUAGUUGCAUUGCUGGUUUAGUUCUAUUGAUUGGACCCAGACUGUGAUUCAUUGCUUUGUAGGUCCGUGUCUGAGUCUGUCCCUGAGUCAUAGGGCAAAUGUCAGCCUUGGUGCCAUCGCAUCUCAAGCUUAUUCAUAGGGAAAUGAGUGGUGGUCAAGUUAGGCUUGAUAGCGCUGCCAAAAAAGUCCUGAAGAAUAGUGUGGGAAAGCAACCAGUCUCAUGAAAAACGUAUAACUUAUUCCAGCAAGUGCCUCGCCAUUUGCAUUAAUCUAAUAUACAUCAGGAUUUGCAGUUGGAGGGCAAACAUGUAGAGAUCACUCUUGAUUUCUGGAUAUGCCUCUUGGGACUAAUACCAAACUACUGAUGACUUCCUUGUUGCAUCUUUGUUGUGUGUGUCUUUUGUUGACUGCUUUUUGGCACACAAAUUGGCCCCGAGGCGGCCCCAUGCUUGGCUAGUCUGCCAGCAUGAGUCUGCUGUGUGUAAACUAAUGGAAUGGCUGGUAUAUUCUAUUUCUUUUCUUCGGCAGCCUGUAUAAAGCUGAAUUUCAGCCAGGCUACCUCACAUACAGAAAAUAAAAGGCAGGCCACGCACAUUAAGAAGUUCUGGCCCAGUUAUGUGCCUAAUAACAAUCCGCCAAACAAAACCCAGUAGCUGGAUUUUUUUUUAUCAGUGGACCCACUUAAAAAAUUAGGAGCUCGAUGAAGUUAGAGCAAGCUGCAGAAUGCUACAAACUAGAUAUGUUUCUGAUAUUGCCUGCAUGAACUUGCGAAAGGCCCCGGGGUGUGUCAGUCUUCUAAAGCUUUCCAAUAAGUCUUCCAAAAACGCUUCGAGCUGAGGUCUGCUCAGAAAAUGAGAGGGCCAUUUCAAGUUCAGUACUUUCACCCCGUCACUCAGACAACUGUGGGUUUGAAAGCUGCCUUUUCUUCUCUCACUCCCCAUUACUUUAAAUGUUGUUUUUCAAGUGCAAAGAGUGUCCACUGUAGAAAGUGUUGUACUGACAGCUUGGAGACUAGAAUUCACAGUUCACAUUAUCCACAGAAUGAACAUGAAGUUGGCAGGCAAAUAUCAUUAGAAGCACUAUUAUCAACUCCUUUUGCUUUAAGGGUGUAAUCCUAUACUGAAAAUCUGCUGGCUGAGGGGCAACAGGAUUUUGCGGCAAACCUUGCUGUGCUGGCUGAGUGCCAGGUAUGCCCCUGAAACCCUCAGAACAAAGUCAUAACAAACAUCACCACUACCCCUCCAACCAGCUGAACUGAAGGCUUCCCAGCUUCUCAAUCUAUUUGCAGUUUGUGGUGUAUUCUGGACAAAUUUUAAUCUUUUUCUCCCCCUUUAAAACUAAGAAAGUUGUGUGCAGAACAAAAUGUUAAUAUCAAUUUUGUGAAGGAUGGCUAUCCCUGCCCUUGAUACCUGGCAUAGUCUCUCCAAAGCAGAGCCCUUAUUCCUUCUAUUGUUUGCAAGCACACACUCACACACACAUUGUCAAAAGACUUGGGUUGAUGAGGCUCACAGUUCAGCAGUAGCCCCACCUCAGCAAGUUGCAGUUGUCUACAUUUCUAAAGCAUUAAAACAGGUGAGGAACCCUCGGCCCUCUAGACGUUGUUAGUCUACAGCUCCCAUCAUCCCUGACCAUUGGCCAAGCUGGCUGGGGCUGAUGGGAGUUCCAAGUCCAAGCGCAUCUGGAGGACCAGAGUUCUCCUAUAUCCCUGCUUUACAAUUAUCCCAGUUCAGAAGAGCAGCAUUGAUGUGGGUAUGUGCUUUCUAAGGGAUGUUAAAUUCAGGUUCCCACUCAGCCAGGAAGCUCUCACUGCAUAUUUCUGGGCCACUCACAGUUUCUCAUUCCUAAUCUCCCUCACAAGGUUGGUAAUAAAAAAUGGGGUCAGAGGGUAUUCUGCUUUGAGCUCCUUGGAGGAAAGGUGGACUAUACAUAAAAUCUCUGCACAAACCUUUGCUGAUCUAGAGGGUGGAAAUAGCUUACUUAUUUGGAUUUUAAAUGGUUUUCUUGUUGUUGCCCCACAGCGAUGGAGAGUAUCCGGACGUGGGGAAUCCUCAGCAGUUGAUGCUACUGACAAUGGAGAAUGUAGCAUCUCAGAAAUAGGUUAAAUACUUGAAAAACAGAUGUAAUGGAGCAGUUCGUGAAGCGAUUUCAUUUUUUCAUAGAAGGAAUGAAAAUAUUGUAUCUUGAUAAGUUGAAAAUGACCAAAACACUAAGUUUACCUGGUGACAUGGUGACUCCAGAAGACCAAAAGGAUGAGGUCUGUGCUAUAGAUGCACCAGAAAAAGAAAGUUAAAAACCCACCCAUAGUUGUCAUGGGGACAGUGGAAAUAGAUUCACAGACAAACACCCCAGGCAAACAAACAAUAGCUGCAGCCACAGUAAAUGAAUGAAUUUAUAACAUGAAACUCUGCACUUGGUCAGAUGUUGACUUUAUUUUUAUUUUUUCAGGAUUGCCAAGCUUUAUUUUAAUGUUUUUGCUCUAAUGUGUUAGGAAUGUAGCAGAUGUAAAGCAUGGAACAGUAGGAGCCAGAGGGGAAGAGAAAGAGAGAAAUCAUCACAAUUGGAAGCAAAUACCGUAUUAUUGUCUCAAGGGGGGUAGCUGUACGUCCACUAAGUCCAGCAUCUAAAAUUAUCUAACUGCACACAAUGGGUGGGCCAUUUGGUCACCUGAACAUAGGAAGUUCUUUUAUACAAGGUCAGGCUAUUUGCCCAUUGAGCUAAGCCUCUUAUUUUGUCUCCUCUGACUGACAGCAGGACUCCAGGCCUUAGGGAGAGGUCUUUCUGAUCCUUUUCAAUAGGAAUAUCAGAGACUGAACCUGAGACCUUCUGUAUGCAAAGGAUGUGCACUACCGCUGGGCUAUGGGAAGGGUCAGCUUGCUAGAGCAAAUGGAACAGAAUUUAUGUCAUCACAGAAACCAUUCCCCAUGUGAAGGAGAAUUGACCUACCUUAUUCCAAGGCUGCCAUUUUCUCAGGGAUCUCCGAGAAGAACUUCCCCUCCUUUCACGCCAAAGUUGUCUGUUACUCAUGCAAUUCUGUUUCAAGCCUUGGUGUUGCAGAGCUAAUCAGCGAAAGCUCUUCCACUUGUAAUGUCUAAUUUUCUCUUGCAUUCAUCUCAGAAUGCUUGAAUCAGCAGUCUUUAGGGCUCAGGAACAACGAGAGCAGAAAAGUGGCAAUUUGCACGGACUGUUGUCACCCUUGAAUGCAUUUUUCUGGUUUGCAGGUGGUGGCUAUUGACGUAGACAUGGCUUUCUUUGAACCGAAAAUGAGAGACAUCCUUGAGCAGAACUGCACAGGCGAUGAAGACUGUAAUUUUUUUGAUUGCUUUUCAAAGUGUGACCUGAGGAGCAGAAAAUGUGGAGCAGAGAGAGCCAAUAACAAUCUCCAAGUGAGUGGCUACGGGCUUAUUUGUCUCCCUUACUGGAUGCAUGUCUUGACUUUAAAAUACCCAUGAAAGUGCAAGUUUAAAAUAAAUGAUGCUGCGAGCGACUGUCACUUAAGGACUUAUUCACACAUGCAUGCACACCACUCGAUGACUGCAGCUCCAAGCAGUAGCUUCCAUGGAUGAACAAGCUUUCACAGAUGUAAUCAACGCAGGCAGAGUUUCUCAUCUUGCCGCAUCAUCACCUCAAGCAGAGUGUGUUCCAGGGAAGAUGAGUGACAUCUAAAGUGGCAGCGUUCCAUGGCUAGUACAGGGUUGCUGCCAAAAAUGGCACCCCCAUGGCAAAUUUUGCUUACUGCCGUAACAUCAAGUGAUACCACAUUGAUGCAGCGUCACUGCUUUGUCAGGAUAGCUAACUUCCAACAGUAGCCAAAGGUGUUACACGGAGGGUAGGAAAUCUCACAUUGUAAUGGCAUUUCAUUACUUGUCAAGUCCUUCUAAGUCCCUUUCACUCGUCAUAGUAAAGCUGGGCAAUAUCUGGUUUUCAGCAUUGUGAUAUAUCGUCUGCUAAGCAUCACGAUAUAACAAUAUAUCACUAUGUCGGAAAUAAGGUCAUACAAUAGUACCUUGGUUCUCAACCUUAAUCCAUUCCAGGAGUCUGUUUAACCCCUGAAACCAUUCGAAAACCAAGGCGUGGCUUCCGAUUGGCUGUGGGAGCUUCCUGCACCCAAGCGGAAGCUGCGUCGGACAUUCGGCUUCCAAAAAACGUUUGCAAACUGAAACACUUCCAGGUUUGCGGCGUUCAGGAACUGAUUUGUUCGGGAGUCAACCCGUUCAAGUUCCAAGGUACCACUGUAACUAUGUAGAGGUGAACAGAAUAAUGCUACUACUUAGGGGUCUAAAACUGAUACAUUUUUACUUACCUUUAACAUAUUGUUAGAACUGUUAUUUUGUAGUACAAAGCAACAGGGGCAGCAGAAAUCAUGAGAGAAGCAAUGACCUGUUUCACGAUUUCCCCCACAUCACAAUAUUUUACAAAGCACCCACAUUGUGAUUCACAAUAUGUGGCCAUGUAAAAUAUUAUGAAACCAUGAUCACGAGGUGGACUUCAAACCAGUUUUGGGCGAUGCAUCAAUACAUCGCCCAGCCCUACAUCAUAGCUCCUGCGUUGCUCUACGCAGAGGGGGGCCCACACUGAGCAGUGGCACCCACAUGAACAACACUACAUGGUAGGGAUGGACCCUUCACACCCUACAUGUGUGAAGGCAUAAUUGCUACCUAGAACCCUGCAUAACUGCGGUUCUGGAUUGCAUGGAAGCCUUUGCACAUAGCAACUGUACAUUCAGAGGCUCCAGAUGUCCACAUUGUUUGUGCAGAUGAUAGAGGGCUUCCUGGUGUUCCUUUGCAAAAUAAUAGGGGAACGAUCGGGAGUGAAGAGGAUUUCAAACAAUCAUGCCAGUGCUGCUUUGGGUGGCAUUCCCAUUGUAGGUGUACCAUGUAGCCCAGCUGUCAGCUGUGAGAUCAAGUGAUGUAUGGACUUGUGUGUAAACUGGUGAAUCCAGCUAUGGAUGCUUUUUUGGAGUGGAAGCAAAUGGGCUCUUCUACCUAUCAUUCUGAAUGAAUUAGAAGCCUUUGUUGUCACUAGAGAUGGACAGCCUUUGUCUGUCUUCUUUUAUUCUUGUUGGCACUCAAUCAUAGGUCAUAGGAAAUAAUAGGAAAUGAAUAUUCCUCAUGAGACCUUCCCACUCAAGGUGGAAAGAUCAGCGGGUGAUGGGGAUGGGAACAUGGGAGGCAGGGAUGGGGUGUGUGUGUGUGUGUGUGUGUGUGUCCACAACACACCUUGUGUCUUCAUGCAUUCCUUAAAUGCCAGGAGAGAGCAUAUACACUCCUUUUGCAAGUAAGAUGACAGAGUGCACUAUAGUUUGCAGUUGGUUUAAUCAACCAGAGAGUGCAGGUUUCCUGCUUCCAAAGAGCCAAAAAAAAUUAGAACUUAUUACUGAACUUAGAUAAAUUAUAUGACUUAACAAUAAUCCAGUCACAUCAGCAAAAUAUAUUUUGCAUGAAGAUAUUAACCUUAAAGUUGGAUGGGACUAAAAGAUCUUGUGUGUGAAUUACUGCUUCUCUCUCUCCCUUUCCACAGGUCAUCUGUGAAAAAAUAUUCCGGCCCUGGUUUUCUCCCAACUUCAUGGGAUCUGCUGUCUCCUUUCCCCUUCAGCUGCAGUUACAGAAGGCAGUGCAGGAUUGUGCAGAAGCCAGCACCAAGGACACUGGCCAUCAUCAGAGCCAUUCUUCACAUUCUCUUUCUGAGUUAUACCAUUUGCUUCGAGCUAGUCAAAAUGAACUUCAGAAAUCCGGUAGCUACCCUCAUCAAAUUCACCAAUGAUUACUAUUCAGGGAAGAAGGACUUUCUGUUUUUUUCUUCUCCAUUCAAUAGAAUUAAUUUCCACUUAAUGACUUCUGACUGUGCUUUUCAAAACUGUGAUUUGAAGAGGUAGCGUGUUUAUUAUUAAUACUCUUUGAAAUGCAAAAUCAUUUUUUAUUGGACUCUGUUUUUGCUUCAUUCCUGAACCCAUGCUGCUUCUUCCCUGCUGUUAUCUUGCAUUAUAUUGUUUAUCCAAAAAGCAGCAGCACCCGUCCAAACUAAUGUCUGACCCAAGGGUGGAACAACAUUUAAAUUUCAGAUGUGCUUUGGAGAUGGGGGGGCGGAGAACAGCUUUGUAAGAUUAAUUCAAGUUUGAAAAUAAAGAGCUGGGGUGGAGUGGUCACCUAAUUAAUGUUUUAUUCAAUAGAGAUUGUGUAGACUAAGAUCUUUGUUAGCAAGAAAGGGAAUAGAUAUUGGAACGAAGGAUAGUUUUCUCGCUGCCUGCCACUCAUUGCUAUUUAAGUCAAAAUAGACUAACAGUGUUAGUGGUUACAAUAAAACUGUUUCACCCAUUGAUUACAAUAAAACAGAAUCAAGGCUACAAAGGUUGGGAUAACAAGGCAGGGGUAAGCUACCCUGUGCCCUCUGUUGGACUACAACCCCCAUCAGCCUCAGCUAGCAUGGCCAGUGGACAAGGAUGAUGGGAGUUGUAGUUAAAUUAAGCACAAAAUUGGCUACCCCUCAUACCUCAUCCCAAGUUCAGCCUGGG